AGCAGAAGGUCGUCCUCUCGCAGUGCGGGCGCGGCGGCUGCGCCGGGGUCCCCAGGAGGCGGCACGGGGCGUGAAUUCUCUGGGGCGCAGCCAGGCCUGCGCGGGCCCGAGGCUGGAAGAACGGGGGCUCCUGCGUCGCGAUCUUGAAGGAAAGGCGCAUACCUUGAAGGCACUAACACGUCCUACCGUUGUCAACUGCCAGUGAUUUUGCUUCCUAUUACUCUGAGAAGAUAGAAGCACUCAGAAAAGAAUCUUCUACUAGCUUCUGGUACCGCCCACAUGCAUCUGUGGCCCUGUUCCUCUAUUCUUAUGGAAAUCUGUUAAUUCUACUUUUUGAGCACUUAUGAAUAACCACGUAUCUUCAAAACCAUCUACCAUGAAGCUAAAACAGACCAUCAACCCCAUUCUUUUGUAUUUCAUACAUUUUAUAAUAUCACUUUAUACUGUUAUAACAUACAUUCCAUAUUAUUUUUUGUUUGAGACAAGACAAGAAAAAUCAAACCGAAUUAAAGCAAAGCCUGUGAAUUCAAAACCUGAGUCUGCAUACAGAUCUGUUAACAGUUUGGAUGGUUUGGCCUCCGUAUUAUACCCCGGAUGUGAUACACUAGAUAAAGUCUUUAUGUAUGCAAAAAACAAAUUUAAGGACAAAAGACUCUUGGGGACACGUGAAAUUUUAAAUGAGGAAGAUGAAGUACAACCAAAUGGAAAAAUUUUUAAAAAGGUUAUUCUCGGACACUAUAAUUGGCUCUCCUAUGAAGAUGUCUUCGUUAGAGCUCUUAAUUUUGGAAAUGGCUUACAGAUGUUGGGUCAGAAACCAAAGACCAACAUCGCCAUCUUCUGUGAAACCAGGGCCGAAUGGAUGAUUGCUGCACAGGCGUGCUUUAUGUAUAAUUUUCAGCUUGUUACAUUGUAUGCUACUCUAGGAGGUCCGGCUAUUGUUCAUGGAUUGAAUGAAACAGAGGUGACCAACAUCAUUACCAGUAAAGAACUCUUGCAAACAAAGUUGAAGGAUAUAGUUUCUUUAGUCCCACGCCUGCGGCACAUCAUCACUGUGGACGGGAAGCCACCGACCUGGUCCGAAUUCCCCAAGGGCGUCAUCGUGCACACCAUGGCCGCGGUGCAGGCCCUCGGAGCCAAGGCGACCGCAGAAAACAAACCUCAUAGCAAACCAGGGCCCUUAGAUAUUGCAGUAAUCAUGUAUACAAGUGGAUCCACAGGACUUCCAAAGGGAGUCAUGAUCUCCCACAGCAACAUUAUUGCUGGUAUAACUGGGAUGGCGGAAAGGAUUCCAAGGCUGGGAGAGGAAGAUGUUUACAUUGGAUAUCUGCCUCUGGCCCACGUGUUAGAAUUAAGUGCCGAGCUUGUGUGUCUUUCUCACGGAUGCCGCAUCGGCUACUCUUCACCACAGACGUUAGCAGAUCAGUCUUCAAAAAUAAAGAAAGGAAGCAAAGGGGACACAACCAUGUUGAAACCAACACUGAUGGCGGCUGUUCCGGAAAUCAUGGAUCGGAUCUACAAAAAUGUCAUGAAUAAAGUGAAUGAAAUGAGUAGUUUCCAGCGCAAUCUGUUUAUUCUGGCCUAUAAUUACAAAAUGGAGCAGAUUUCAAAAGGGCAUGGCACCCCUCUGUGUGACAGGUUUAUUUUUCGAAAAGUUCGAGGCUUGCUAGGUGGAAACAUUCGGCUUCUGUUGUGUGGAGGCGCUCCACUUUCUGCAACCACACAGCGGUUCAUGAACAUCUGUUUCUGCUGUCCCGUGGGGCAGGGGUACGGACUCACCGAAUCUUCUGGUGCAGGAACGAUUACGGAAGUAUGGGACUACAAUACUGGCCGAGUGGGAGCACCAUUAGUUUGCUGUGAAAUCAAACUGAAGAACUGGGAGGAAGGUGGAUACUUUAAUACCGAUAAACCACACCCCAGGGGUGAAAUUCUUAUUGGCGGUCAAAAUGUGACAAUGGGAUACUACAAAAAUGAAGCAAAAACAAAAGCUGAUUUCUUUGAAGAUGAAAAUGGACAGAGGUGGCUCUGUACUGGAGAUGUCGGGGAGUUUGACCCUGAUGGUUGUUUAAAGAUUAUUGAUCGUAAAAAGGACCUUGUGAAACUCCAGGCAGGAGAAUAUGUUUCUCUUGGGAAGGUAGAGGCAGCUUUGAAGAAUCUCUCACUCAUAGAUAACAUUUGUGCAUACGCAAACAGUUACCACUCCUACGUCAUCGGAUUUGUCGUGCCAAAUCAAAAGGAACUAACGGAACUCGCCCGGAAGAAGGGACUUCAGGGGACGUGGGAGGAGCUGUGCAACAGCUGUGAAAUGGAGAACGAGGUGCUCAAAGUGCUUUCCGAAGCUGCUGUUUCAGCAAGUCUAGAAAAAUUUGAAAUUCCAGUAAAAAUUCGUUUGAGCCCUGAACCGUGGACCCCCGAAACUGGCCUGGUGACAGACGCCUUCAAGCUGAAACGCAAAGAGCUUAAAACACAUUACCAGGCGGACAUUGAGCGGAUGUACGGAAGAAAGUAGUUCUUCUCUCUCAGCACGGUUUGCUACAGGGAGCUCAGAUCAAAUAGGAAAAUACUUGAAGCGCGUGUCUCCAGCUGUGAGGCAAACCCCAUUCUUCGUAUUAAAGCCUAAACUGUUACUUCUCAUGACGUCGCCAUUUUUACUGACAGGAUUAGUAAAACAUUAAGACAGCAAACUGGUGUCUGCCUCUUCUUUCUUGCCCCUUUCCAACCUACCACCUAGGACUGCACUUGUCAGCAUGAGGACUUUCCGAAUCAUUUUGGGGAAUGGUGAUUUUAAAACCUCAAGUUUUUAAACAUGAUUUAUAUGUUCUGUAUAAUGUUGAGUUUGUAACUUUUUAAAGUUUGGAUGUACAGAGGGAUAAAUAGGAAAUAUAAGAAUUGGUUAUUUGGGGGGCUUUUUUACUUACAGUAUUUAAAAAUGCAAGGGUAUGGAUGUGAAAUUAUGUAAAUUCAGACGCUUAUGAAUCAAAUCAUUGUUGAACAAAAGAUUUGUUGCUGUGUAAUUAUUGUCUUGUAUGCAUUUGAGAGAAAUAAAUAUGCCCACACUUAUGUUUUGAGAAAUUGAGACCUUGUGAAUAUAUGCCUGGCAGCGUCUUCUUUAUGUAUUUAUUUUUUAUUAGGGAAACAAUGCAGUUUGGUUGGUGCUGCAUGAAACGAAAUAGCACUAGGGCGUUAGGUUCAGUAGCAAAGAAGAAAACACGGCAGAUGUAGCACCAGUGGAUAAUUAGCGUCCAGUAGGUGAUGCUCAGAAUGUUCGGGGUCUUCUAGGUAGCUUCAAAAAUAGGAAGAUACCUUAGCUGGGUUUUUUUGUUUUUGUUUUUUUUUUUAAGAGUUGGAAGCAAUCCUAGAAAUUGGGGUGGAAUUUAAAACACAAAGCAUAGAAACCUAUCGACCAUAUGUACGCUGAGUUGUCUGUAUUUACAGCACAUCAAUCCUGGGAGAUUAUUCUGUCCACUUCUGGACUUUGAGUCGAGAUGUGUAAUCCUGUCUCAUUGCAAAAUUAGGAUGUUUUUCCUCUUGAUAGUUUGCACUGGUUGUGUGUGUGUGUGUGUGUGCAUGUGUGUGUGUGUGUGUCUGUCGGCAGCUUAUUAAAAAGCACCUUACCCUUCCUGUGAAACAGAAACUGAGAACAUGUAGAAUGCUUCUGAUACUGGCAUUCUGACUAAGAUACAGGAGAAUUUAAUUCACUUUAUACCGAGGUGACUUAAGAUUUAAUUUGUAGGUGUUUUAUGUUACUGUAGGAGUUAUUUAUGAUUCCAAAAACACUGCUUGUAUGAUAACAUAGUAAGUCUUUUCGUGUGUGUUGCUUGCCUAGUGUUAUUUGAGCAUUUAUCAAGAGUAAUAUUGCACCAACGAAGGAAGAGGUGUUCAAGACUUAAAAAAACAUAGGUACCAUGUUUUGUUUUUUUUUUUUAAUGUUAUAUUGGUUAUUUUCUUGUUUCUCAGUUACUUUAGGCAUCAAAGAAAAAAGAAGAAAAAGUUCUGAAUGUAGAUCUGUGUAGCAUAGUGGGAAUGUUGAGACCCAGGGCCAUGUAGCUUUUGGUCAUGUCACAUACACGUCAUGUUUGGAGAUACUGCAAUACGGUGUUGUGUUUUGAACUUUUUUCUUGUAUUUGUGUCUAUUUGUGUUAUGUUUGGAGUGCAUUUCUCCUUGUCAUAGUUUAAAUUUUCAUAAAGUUUGGGAAAAUUGCCAAGAAGUUAGACCAUGAAAGAAAUGAAAUGGAACAUAUCAGGGUGUUGGGAAUCUAAAAAUGAAAGUCAGGGUGGGUGGAGAAUUUGUUUCUGAUGCUUGAUCUUUAGUAUUAUUAUUUGCUUUCAAAUGACUUGAAGUUGUAUUUAGAAAAAAAGGUUCAGUGCUUCAGAGGAGAGAGAACAAUAUAAUUGUGACUUGAAACAGCUUCAGGUGACUGUGCAGCUUACCCCUGAUUCAGAAUAAAAGUUGUUUCUUUUCGGAAGCAUC